CGUUGAGAAUCCGGCGAAUAUGACAAGUCUCACGUAAAUGGGACGUCUGGCGAAUAUAUCUGUUUCGAAAUUUUUCUAAUCAUUCGCACUUUACAAAGCUAGCGGUGGAAAAAGCAAACACAGGUCGGCCUUUAAAUAUCCGCUUAGUCAGUCAGUUCAUUUAGUAGUAUCGUACGUUGCCUGUCAGUGCAGCACGAGUCCCCAUAUUUCUACAGAAUGUCUCAGUUUAACGGAACAUGGGAAGAUAAGGGACAGGACGAGACCUUUGGACCCUUUAUGGAAGCUAUAGGUUUAGGUGAAUUUACGGAGAAAUACAAGAAUGCGACAUCCACUGUGACAUUUGCUGUGGACGGCAAUAAGAUUUCUCUAUCGUAUGUCUCCUCACUCUACCCUGACAAACCCAUGACGUAUAAUAUUACGGCUGGGGAAGAGUUCGAUGGAAAAGGCCCGGAUGGUUCCGAUGUGAAGACAGUAUUCACGGUGGUUAGCGACUGCGAAAUAAACGAAAAAGAGAAAACAAAUUUUGAAGAUGGCAAAAACCGAGAAUUCGUAAUCACCAGAAAAAUCAGCGGAGAUGUUAUGGAUGUGACGGUUGAAGCCGUUACCUCCAAGGCUACGAUGACAAGCAAAAUGUACCGCAAGAAGUAGUCAUGUCGUCAGCUUUAGAUCCUGUCCCUAUAUAGACAAUCACUGAAUGUUAAUUUCAUUAAUUACUGCUAGACCUAUAGUCUGUACAACUAAUCAUAGUGUAAUUGAUUAACAUUUAGCGAGACCAAAAGAUGUUUAGCUGAAUAAGAAAACUAUUAUCACACUUCCCUAUAUGUUUCUACAUUAUCAAAUUAUGCUUUCAUCGACAAUUUCAUCAACUUCCUAAUGACUGUAUAUUGGUGAAAUAAACUGUACAAAACAUGAA